UCCCCAGCACCGGGGGCUCAGCAUCCUCCCGCGCAUCUGGUGAGCUCCAGAAGGGGAAGAUAAAAGACUUUGUGAUUCAUGAAGAAUGUGGUUACUAAGAAGUGCCUAUCAAGCCACUGGUUGAAUUUCCAUGAAAAAGUGAUUAAGCAGAGAAUGGAAAAGAAGGUUGAUUCCAGGUCUUUUAGGGAUGGUGCUGUUAAGAAACCAAAGAUACUGUCCAGCAAGAAGCCUCCUGCAUUCUCUGGGAUCCGGAGGGAGGCACCUAGUGCCAGUCUUCUGGUGCAGUAUCAUGCCUCGCAUACUUGGACCCGACGGGGCCGCUUAAAAGAAUUGCGUAUCAGAUUUUACUAUGAGCAGCGAAUAUUACGGAAGGUCUUUGAUGAAUGGAAAGAAGAGUGGUGGAUUUCCCACCAUGAGUGGAAACUCUGCGUUCGAGCCGACUGUCACUAUAGAUAUUACUUGUACAACCUGAUGUUCCAGACCUGGAAGACCUAUGUGCAUCAGCAGCAGGAGAUGAGGAACAAGUACAUCAGAGCUGAGAGUCAUGAUGCAAAGCAAAAGAUGCGUCAGGCGUGGAAGUCCUGGUUGAUCUACGUGGUGGUUCGUAGGACCAAACUUGAGAUGCAGACCACCGCUCUGGAGUUCAGGCAGCGGAGUGCUUGGUCACAGUGGCGGGAACAGUUCCUGCAUGACCAGAGGGAGAAAGAAAAGAUGGUCUCCGCAGCAAAACACCAUCAGCACUGGCAAAAGCGGAGAUUCCUGAAGGCCUGGCUUGAAUACUUGCACAUCCGCAGGAUGAAGAGACAGCAGAACGAGAUGGCUGAGCGAUUCCAUCGUGUCACUGUGCUCCAGAUACACUUCUAUGAUUGGCAGUGGGCUUGGGAGCGGAGGGAGAGCUUGUACACUCACCGUGCCCGGGUGGAGGAGCUGGCCCGGAGGAUGGUGCUGCGGCGGGCCUUUACGCACUGGAAGCACUACAUGCUGCUGCACGCGGAAGAAGCUGCCCAGCAUGAGAUGGCAGAAGAGCACCGCAGGCACAGCCUGCUGUAUUUUUGCUUUAGAGCCCUAAAAGACAAUGUGACCCGUGCCCACCUCCAUCGAAUAAGAAGGAAUCUCGCUUAUCAGCAGCAUGAUGUCACGCUGCUGUGCAGGUUCUGGAACCUCUGGCAGUCUCGGACUGAACAGAGAGAGGAAAAAGAGCAUCUCCCCUUACUGUGUGCCGCCUGGGACCACUACAGGAUAACAUUGCUAUGCAAGUGUAUCAAAUUGUGGUUACAGUAUACUCAGAAGAGGCGAUACCAGCAGUCGCUGCAGGCCAGAGCAGACAGUCAUUUCCAGCAGAGAGCCCUGCCCGCUGCCUUCCACGCAUGGUGUAGACUCUGGAGAUGGCGCCAGCAGGAAAGUGUCCUCGAUGCACGAGCAGCGCAGUUUCGCAGGGAGACGUUAGAGAAGCAAGUAUUUGCUGUCUGGUGGCAGAAGAUGUUUGUGCAUCGAGAAGACCGCUUGGCGGAGAGAAUGGCCAUCCUUCAAGCAGAGCGGCAGCUUCUGCGUAGGUCGUGGUCCACGUGGUGCCAGCAGGCAGCAGCACGUCACCAGGAGCUGGAGCGGCAAAUGGUGGCCUGCGCCCACCACUGCCACAGGAGGCUCAGGAAGGCCUUCUGCAUCUGGAGGGAAGGUGCCCAAGGGCUCAGAACAGAGAGGACAGGCAGGGCGCAGGCAGCAGAGUUCCACUCCGCACGGCUCUUGUGUUGGGCCUGGAACCGGUGGAGGGAGAGCCUGGCCCUGCGGGGAGCCGAGCGACAGAAGCAGGUGCUCGCAGACCGGCAUCACCAGCGCUGCUUGCUGCACAGGGCGCUGCAGACCUGGCUGACUUACCAGAGCAGGGUGCGGCGUGUCCUACAGGAGGUGGCAGCCAGGGAGAGCCAGCACGACCGGCAGCUGCUGCGGGGUGUGUUACGUUGCUGGAAGGAGAACACUGUGGCCCGUGUGGAUGAAGCCAGGAAAACCUCCCAAGCCCGUGCUCACUACAGAAGGACCGUGUGUUCCAAGGCCCUGGUCCAGUGGCGGGAGACUGCAUCAGUGCAGAUUUACUACCGACAGCAGGAGGAUUGUGCCGUCAGGGAGGCCCGGAAGGUGUUGGACAGGGGCUGUCUCCGGACCUGGUUUCGGCGCUGGCGGGACCACAGCCAGAGGGCGGCGCAGCAGAGAGUCCGGCUGGAGAGGGCGGCGCGGCACCACCGCCGGCAGCUGCUGCUGGGGGGCAUGGCCCGAUGGAAGACGCACCAUCUGGGGUGUGUCAGGAAAAGGCUCCUGCAGCGGCAGGGCACCCAGCUCCUGGCACAGAGACUCGGCCGGGCCUGCUUCCGCCAAUGGAGACAGCAGCUGGCGGCCAGGAGGUGGGAGCAGCAGGCUACGGCGCGCGCCCUGUGGUUCUGGGCCUUCUCGCUGCAGGCAAAGGCGUGGACCGCGUGGCUGGGCUUCGUGCAGGCGAGGAGGAGGAAGAAGGCGCGGCUGGAGCAGGCGGUGCAGGCCUACCACCGGCAGCUCCUCUGGGAGGGCGCCACGCGCCUCCUGCGCUUCUCAGCGGGCAUGAAGGCCUCCCGGCAGCAGCUGCAGGCCCAGCAGCAGGUCCAGGCAGCCCACAAGCUCCACCAUGCAGUCCGCCGCUGCGCCACACUCUGGAAACAGAAGGUGCUGGGCUGCGGCAGGGAGCCCCAGCCCCCAGCACCCGUCGCACCCAGCAGGAGAGUGACAUUUGAGGGUCUCCUUCUCGACCAAGCUGUUGCUGGGGCUGGGGAUGCCACCAGGGAGACCAAGAAGCCACGAGCUCCUCAGCCUCAGGGAGCCCUGAGCAGCCUGGCCCUUGCCACGGGGGAGCCACACCUCCGUGAGCUUGCUGCCUGCUCAGCGAGGAAGCAGCCGCGACGCCCGCACUUUCUGCUGGAGCCCGUGCAGAGCCAGUGGUCGUCCCUGGGGUGCGGCCCCCUCCAGAGGCAGGGGCCUGAAAAGCUGCAGGAGUGUGGCCGGAGCACGACCCAACCCGCCGGCCCUUCCCUGCUGAGGGCCGCCCUGGCAGAGGCCCCAAGAGCACUGGUCCCCAGCAGCCCCCUGUCUGGGGCCCUAUCAGGCGCCCCUGGCCCAAAGCUGCCCCCCAUGGCAAGUACAGGCCCGGAGCUGCUGCUGCUGCCUCCUUCCUCCUUCAUGCCCCAUGGGGCGGAAGCACCAGCCCGGGUGUCAGCUCUGCCGACCACCCCCAAGCUGAAGCCCCAGGCCCCCCCAUCCCCGGCCUGUGUCCCUGACCCCUAUCUGCUCCUCCCUGGGGACUUCACAGACACCAGGGCUGGGCCUGGCUCUGAAACUGCAGGCUGUGUGGACCUGGAGGCUGAGCUUGAGGGGAUCCAGCAGCAGUUACAGCACUACCAGGCCACCAAGCAGAACCUCUGGUCCUGUCAGCGGCAAGCGCGCAGCCUGCGCAGGUGGCUGGAGCUGAGCCGAGAGGAGCCCAGGCCUGAGGACCAGGAAAUGGAGCUGCAGGUGCAGCAAGAGCUCGAGGAGGUGGAGCUGCAGGUCCAGCAGCUGGUCGAGGAGCUCCAAGCCCAGCGACAGCCCGUCGGCGCCUGUAUCACCCGCAUCCAGGCCCUGCGGCGCAGCCUGUGCUAGCGUGCUCGCCCCAGGGAGGUAGGAGCUGGGCUUUGGGGGAAGCCUCCGGCCACCUCCAGGAACAGAAUGCAAAGCUACACUG